AUGAUCGGUCCUUUGCAUGUAUUCUUGAAUAGUCGUGAGACAGUUUUUUUGUUAAAUUAUGAUUUUUUUGAUUUACUUUUUCAUGCUGUUUUUGGGCAUAAUAAGGUAUUGGCAAAAAAGCCAAAACUUUAUAAAAUUAAUUUAAUUUUAGAGCUAACAUAUCAGGGAUGGUCUCGAGUCCAUUCUAUAGUAAUACAAAAAUUUGAACGUUCCAAGAACCCUGAAGCCCGAUAUCUUAUAAAUUUGUUAGAUUAUAUUGUCCCAUUGGUUUUGGAUUUUUAUUCCAUUAUUUUUCGAAGCAGAAAUUGGGAAGCAUACUUAGAAGCAAUGUUUCGUAUUUGGACAGUUUUUCAUCAGUAUCAACGGAGACAUUAUAAUAAACUGCUAUUGAUGUUUUUAAGUGAUGUCUUUUACUGGUUCA